CAACCCUAGAGAGUAGAGAGAAAUAAGAAGUGUAGGAGAGAGGGAGAGUUAGGGUUUUAGUGGUAGGGAGUGGAAAAUUUGAGAAAGAUGGCGAAGUUCAACGUGGUGCAGAAGAGGAGGAGAGCUCGAUUAGCAGAGAAGAAGAGAGCGAUUCAUGGAGACCCUUCCUCUGGCAAACUCAAGAUCAAGCCCCAGCCCCUCUCUAUCUCUGGCAAACGCAAGCGCAAGCUCUUGAAAAAAUGGCGCAGGGAUCAGAAGGAUGCUAUGGAGAAGGGUCUAGUGAGCAUGGAAGAUGUGGAAAUGGCAGCAGCUGAAGGCACAUCUCAAGACACCAACAGAACGCCAACAACAUUUAACGUGAAGAAGAGUCUGAAGCUUAAACAACUAAAGCGCAGAGGUAAGAACAAAAGAAAAUCUUCAAAGCCAGCUGCUGAAGCUUCUGUGGAUGUGAUGUUAGAGGAGUAAAAUGAUGAGAAACUCAAUCCUUGUACUAUUUCUGAGAGAGAAAGUGUAGAGAUUCGUUUUGUUUAGGAGUAUUAUUGGUUCCUCAAUUAGCUUGUAACAUGAUAAUGCACUUUUUCGUCUCUUUCUGGUAUUUGAUCCAUAACUUUACAAUA